GCAUACAAGGAGGUCUGUUUUCUGUAAGGAUGGAAAAUUUAGCAUGCUGGUAUAGAAAUGGUAGUUAGCUUAUAUUUCUGUAAUUUAGACGGACUUUAUGCUCAAUUAGUCGAAAUUGAGCUCAGCUUGGCCGAAACCACUUAUUUAUAGAAAAUCUUAUUACAUUUUUUCAAUGGAUCCAUCUAAGCCUGUGAACACAAAUAAGGAUUCUCCCAGUAGGAAGGCACCAGAUGAUUUACCUCCUAUCAUAAGUUCAGUUUCUCGAGAUCCUAGGGGCUCUCUUGAAGUUUUCAAUCCUGCAGGAUUUUCUGCCCCAGCUUCUGCAUCUCUGACGGCAACAAAUUUAUCUAGAUGGGCACCAUACAAUGUUCUGCGAAAUAGUGAUUCUUCACCCUACAAGACACGGGCAGAUAGAGAAGAUGGAAAUCAUGGUAGUAAAGAUGGAUUGGAAUCACAAUCUGGAAGGAAAGCUGAGUCAGUUCAUACAUGGAUGGCCUUUACAGAGACUGAUCAUUUGAAAGCUGUUGUAAAUGAUUUAGGAAAAGGAACUUCCAAGGCUCCAAGGGACAUACCUUCAGAGUUAGGGAAACAGUCACUGGUGAUACAGGAGAGACAUUUGGAUUCACAAAAGGAGCCAGGAAUUAAACAGGCAGAUAGUGGUACGUGGCCUUUACAGAGAGAAAUAAGAGACACAGAAGAUAAGCUAGACACAUAUGUGGUGCCAUCUGUAAAUAAAAAAUUUAUAAGCAAAAAAGAUUGUGGGCCACACUUUUCUGAAGCUGGCAUGGCAGAAAGGGUAGCUGAGUGGGGAUUAAUUCUUAAGACAGAUGAUAAAACAGGGAAACCCCAAGGUGUUGCAGUCAGAACAUCUGGAGAAAGUAUAAAAUCUGGAACUUCUCGAAGAACAUCUGGAAACUCUAUGAGGACAUCUGAAGAGUCUGAUCAUGGCAAUGAAAUGGGGGCUGCUCGCAUCUCAAAGGAAUUAAAGGAUGCAUUGUCAACAUUUCAGCAAACAUUUGUUGUCUCGGAUGCAACCAAGCCAGAUUAUCCUAUUCUGUAUGCCAGUGCAGGUUUCUUCAAGAUGACUGGAUAUGCUGCAAAAGAAGUAAUAGGACGUAACUGUCGCUUUCUUCAAGGUGCAGGAACUGAUCCUGAAGAUGUUUCAAAGAUAAGAGAAGCUCUAGUUGAAAGGAGAAGCUACUGUGGACGAAUACUCAAUUAUAAGAAGGAUGGAACCCCUUUCUGGAACCUUCUUACCAUAGCCCCAAUUAAAGAUGAGACUGGAAAAACUCUAAAGUUUAUUGGAAUGCUUGUUGAAGUGAGUAAACAUACCGAAGGAGAAAAAGAGAAGAUGGUACGUCCAAAUGGGCUACCAGAAUCUCUGAUUCGAUAUGAUGCUCGUCAGAAAGAGAUGGCUGUAAGUUCUGUAACAGAGCUCGUGCUGGCAGUAAAAACUCCUUGCUCAUUUUCUGAAUCUACAAAUCGCCCAACUAUGCGGAAAUCUGAAAGUGCAGUAGCUCAAAUGCAUAUGGAGCGCAUAGAAAGGAUGAAUAAUGAAAAUCCAAAGUUUUCUACUCCAGAUCGACGCAAAUCAUCUUCAAGACUGAGUGCAGUUUUUGAGGCUGGAAAGAAAAGAAGGAAAUCUAGUGUUCUCUCUUUCACGAGUUUUACCAGAAAACCUGCUGAUAGGAAAAAUCCAGAACAUGAACAAGCUCUUAAAUCUGAUUCAGAAAGUAGUGGUGAUGAAAGACCUGAUAGCUUGAUUAAUCUGGAAAGGAGAAGAGAGAUUCGUCGGGGACUUGACUUGGCAACAACAUUGGAGCGUAUUGAGAAAAACUUUGUAAUCACAGACCCAAGAUUGCCUGACAACCCUAUUAUUUUUGCAUCAGAUAGUUUCUUGGAGUUGACAGAAUAUAGUCGUGAGGAAAUUUUAGGAAAAAAUUGUCGGUUUCUUCAAGGCCCAGAAACUGAUCGAGCAACCGUGAAAGAAAUAAGAGAAGCCAUUGAUAAUCAAAUGGAAGUCACUGUGCAAUUAAUAAACUAUACAAAGAGUGGGAAGAAGUUCUGGAAUAUAUUCCAUCUGCAGCCUAUGCGUGACCAGAAGGGAGAAGUGCAAUAUUUUAUUGGUGUUCAAUUAGAUGGAAGCCAACAUGUGAAACCCCUUACAGAUAAGAUUCCAGAGAAAACAGAGCAAGAAGGUGCACUACUGGUUAAGAAGACUGCUACAAAUGUUGAUCAGGCUGUUAGGGAGCUUCCUGAUGCCAACAUGAAACCAGAGGACCUAUGGAUAAAUCAUUCCAAAGAAGUGUUUCCUAAGCCUCACAUGAAAAGUAAUUCUUCUUGGAAAGCAAUCCAAAAGAUUUUGGAAGCGGGAGAGCAAAUAGGUUUGAAACACUUCAAACCCAUAAAAUCUUUAGGAUUUGGUGACACGGGGAGUGUCCAUCUAGUGGAAUUAUAUAAUGGUGGUGACUUAUUUGCAAUGAAAACGAUGGAUAAAACAAUGAUAUUGAACCGCAAUAAGGUGUGUCCACAUUCUCAUCUCUAUUAA